ACGCGAAAAUCGAUCUGACAAAAUAUUUUAGGCUACACGUUUGAGGUGGACUGCUACUACUGUAUUGGAGCGAGAGAGAUCAGGCAAAGGGAAAAUAUUCUAAAUACUCGUUAACAAAUGGAUGGGAUAAAACCAGAAUCGACGGCUGAGGAGAACCAAGAAGAAAGGGAAGAAAGUAAAGGGUGCUUCGAGUGUUGCAUCAAAUGUCUGGGUGGUGUCCCAUAUGCCUCUUUGGUAGCCACCAUCUUGUGCUUUUCAGGAGUGGCUCUGUUCUGCGGCUGUGGGCAUGUGGCACUUACAGGGACUGUGACUAUGGUGGAAAACCACUUUUCUCGCAUCUCUUCUGAUCAUGCUGCUCUCACUGAUGUGGUUCAGAUUUUGCAGUACAUCAUCUAUGGAAUUGCCUCUUUAUUCUUCCUGUAUGGCAUCAUCUUACUGGCUGAGGGCUUUUACACCACCAGUGCUGUCAAAGAGAUGCACAGCGAAUUCAAGACAACUGUUUGUGGACGCUGCAUCAGUGCUAUGUUUGUGUUCCUCACCUAUAUUCUGGGCUUGGGAUGGCUAGGCAUCUUUGGAUUUUCUGCCGUGCCUGUUUUCCUCUUUUAUAACAUGUGGACCACGUGUGGUGCCAUGAAAUCCCCAAUUGCCAAUCUCACCUCUGUGGACAACAUCUGUGUUGAUGUGCGGCAGUAUGGAAUCAUCCCAUGGAAUGCGAACCCUGGUAAAGCCUGUGGGUCCACACUAAGCGACAUCUGCAAUACUAGUGAGUUCUAUUUGUCCUACCAUCUUUAUAUUGUUGCCUGUGCCGGAGCUGGUGCCACAGUGAUUGCACUGAUCCACUACCUGAUGAUCCUGGCAGCAAACUGGGCCUAUCUGAAGGGGGCAUGUCAGCAGACUCAUGCCUAUCAGGACAUAAAGACCAGGGAUGAUCAAGAACUGCAGGAUGUGCAGUCACGCUCUAAGGAGGGUCUAAACUCAUACUCAUAAAUAGUUUCCCCAACUGUUCUAUCUCACCUCAGUCUAAAUCUCUUUCCCAUCUCUAAAGUCUAACUCCUCUCUGUUUUAUUCUCAACCUUUUGCUUUCUAGAACACACCAAACACACACAUAAACACAAAUUCUGCAAUUACCUGCCAUCCUCUGAUGAAACACUGCUAACACUACUAAGUGGUGCACUAUCCUGACAAUACAUCAUAACAAUAAUAACAACUAUAUAUAUUCUUUCAAACAAGUUGAACAUGGGUGGAAGAUAAUGAAUCUGAUGAUACUGUAUAUCGUUUGCUAAUCAAUUUA